AUGACAACGACUCCUAACCGACGUCACAGCACCAUGUGGUGGGACGACGACACCAUUGAACGCACAGUCACACGCAUGUUUGUGUGUAGCCAUCUUAUUCCUGAGGAAAUCGAGCGACUCGACCGCACCCUGGGCUUUGGCGAUGGCUUGACCGAUGGGACUUAUUGGGAGUGGAUCGAGCAAAAGGCCAAGAGGAUCUUCCUCAUUCUUGUCGAGCUCAAAGUCCCUGACCAGAUCUUCGGCGUGAUUGACGACUCGUGGGACGACGAGGACCUGCCUAUUGCUCGGGACCAAGUUGAGCGACUCGCCCUGACCCCUACCAGAGACAGCAGGCUGGAACAGGAAUUCUACGAAAAGCAGUUUUACUAUCUACUUCGACCUCUGCGCAAGGGCGAGCAUGUCAUCUACCAAGAUAGCGAGGUGGUUCCGCUGGAGGUGGUCGAAAAGAAGCACGUCCCCGGCCAGACCCCUUUCUUCGACAAGGUCAUGCUUCCAGGCCACCCAGGAACCGUGUUCUGUCGCGUGAAGAUGCCGAUUGGCGGCGGCUACUCGAGCCCGGAAGACUUUCUGUUCGACGUGAACGGCAUUCGCAACGUCCAGAACGACCAUCUCGCUUCUUACUGGGCGUCCUAUGUUCAACAAGGCUAUGGCUAUGCCCUCUUCACCAAUGCGGCCGACUACACUCUCAAGGGCCUCCUCACCACAACGCCAGCAUGCUUCAAGAACAUGGAGAAAAAGGCACGACGGCGACAGGUCAUGGAAUGGAUCCACUGUCUCAUUGACACGGUGUGUUUCCUUCACAACAGAGGCCUAUCUCACGGCAACAUCAAGCCUUCCACAGUCUUGUUUACCAGCGAGAACCAUAUCUUCCUUUCAGACUUGCUUGGUUACACUGGACUGGACAGAAACUCGUUCGACAAAGAGUCAUAUGACUACGCGGCGCCGGAGCAGUGGUUUAAACCGAGCUCACCAUCGUCAACUUCGUUUCACCGCCGAGGAACCGUGACAUCCACGACAGCUUCACCUGAAAGCCCUAACUAUGUCACCAGCCGUUCCACCCCCGAUUCCAGCCAGCACCCGAUGGCCAUGAUGCAUGCACCCACGCCUCACCUGAGUCCCCAAGCGGCAGACAUCUUUUCCCUCGGUUGCAUAAUUCUGGACCUCCUCAGCUUCCUGGUAAAGAAGCACGGAAGACCGUUCGCAACACAUCGGGCCGCAAAGCACAAGACCCCUAGCAGGGGCGGUGCUGUCCCUGACUCGUCGUUUCAUCGGAACCUAUCUCAGGUCGAGAGCUGGAUGACCCUACUGGUCAAGGAAGCCCAGAAAAAGGAGAAGGACGACGACAUAUUCAAAGGCAUCGCCCCUAUGCUUCAUAUUGUUGAGCACAUGCUUUCCUCUCAUCCUACCGACCGCCCUGACGCCCAAGACUUACAGACGAGAAUGUACAAGAUUUUAACGGAUCAUUGCGAGAUUUUGGAGCCGCACUGUGUACAUCAGUAUGACAACGGCUGGGACUUUGGCAUGGCAAGCCUGAAGCUUGACACCACUGGUAAUAGACGAGCCAGUGGUGGUUCAGGACGUCACCACCCGCGAAACAGCAUUGGAAGCAGGGGAAGCGGACGAAGCUCAGGUUCUGUUCAGGACCUGCAGGGCCAGGAAACCUUUCUAGUCCCUCGGCUCUCCAGAUCAAGGAGCUCUAGAGGACCUCCUUCCGUUGCAUCGAGCCGGGCUCCCCUUUUCACCGCAGCACCAAGAGAGGGUUGGAAAGGCCCAAUGACGUUUUGGCAAACGGAUUCGCGAAUGAUGGCCACUAGGUAG